CAGCCGGCCACAUGUUGUCAGUCAGACGUGGCUCAUCGUAUCAUUUGCCCUCGCCCCCAGCCUGGCCAAUAUUUUACCAUUUUUUUCUGUUUUUUCGAGAUCACAGGUAAAGGGCCGUGAGAGGCAGCAUGGAGGACGCACACAUAUAUUCGUAUGACGACGUCCUGACACAGUUUGCAGUGGAGGCUGACGUGGGGCUGACUGACGCACAGGUGGCCAAUAGUCAGGAGAAGUAUGGUCCUAAUGAGUUGCCAGCAGAGGAGGGGAAGUCUCUGCUACAGCUUGUUAUAGAGCAGUUUGAUGACCUCCUUGUUAAGAUCCUCCUCAUGGCUGCCAUCAUCUCCUUUGUGUUGGCGUGCUUUGAAGAAAGCGAGAACUCUGUCACUGCAUUUGUGGAGCCGUUUGUCAUCCUGCUCAUCCUCAUUGCCAACGCCAUCGUGGGUGUGUGGCAGGAGAGGAACGCAGAGUCAGCCAUCGAGGCGCUGAAGGAGUAUGAGCCGGAGAUGGGCAAGGUGAUACGCGCCAACAAGAAGGGUGUGCAGAAGGUCCGUGCCAGGGAGAUUGUGCCCGGCGACAUCAUUGAAGUGGCAGUGGGUGACAAGAUCCCAGCCGACAUCCGCCUCAUUAAGAUCUACUCCACCACCCUGCGCGUUGACCAGUCUAUCCUCACUGGCGAGUCAGUGUCUGUCAUCAAGCACACUGACGUGGUGCCGGACUCCAAGGCUGUCAACCAGGACAAGAAAAACAUUCUCUUCUCCGGCACCAAUGUAGCGACGGGCAAGGCGCUGGGCAUUGUGGUGGGCACUGGCCUAGGCACUGCUAUAGGAAGGAUCCGCACGGAGAUGGCGGAGACUGAGGAGAUCAAGACUCCACUGCAGCAGAAGCUGGAUGAGUUUGGUGAGCAGCUGUCCAAGGUGAUCUCCAUCAUCUGUGUGGCUGUGUGGGCCAUCAACAUUGGCCACUUCAACGACCCAGCCCACGGCGGCUCCUGGAUGAAAGGUGCCAUCUACUACUUCAAGAUUGCCGUUGCUUUAGCCGUGGCCGCCAUCCCCGAGGGCCUGCCGGCCGUGAUCACCACCUGCCUGGCCCUGGGCACUCGCCGCAUGGCCAAGAAGAAUGCCAUCGUGCGUUCCCUGCCCUCCGUGGAGACCCUGGGCUGCACCUCCGUCAUCUGCUCCGACAAGACCGGCACCCUCACCACCAACAUGAUGUCCGUGUCCCGCAUGUUCAUCAUGGACAAGGUGGAGGGCAACGACUGCAGCCUGCUGGAGUUUGAGGUGAGUGGAUCCACCUACGAGCCCACUGGGGACGUGUACCUGCGGGGUGCCCGAGUGAAGGGCAGCGACUUUGACGGGCUGCAGGAGCUGGCCACCGUGGCCUGCCUGUGCAACGACUCCUCUGUGGACUACAAUGAGUUCAAGGGCACAUUUGAGAAGGUGGGGGAGGCCACGGAGACGGCCCUCAUCGUGCUGGCGGAGAAGCUGAACCCCUACAACGUGUCCAAGGUGGGAGUGGACCGUCGUGCUGCCGCCACACUCUGCAAGCAUGACCUGGAGCAGCGCUGGAGGAAGGAGUUCACGCUGGAGUUCUCCCGCGACCGCAAGUCCAUGUCCUCUUUCUGUACGCCCCUCAAGCCCAACCGCCUGGGCACCGGCCCCAAGAUGUUCUGCAAGGGUGCUCCUGAGGGCGUGCUGGACCGCUGCACCCACGUGCGUGUUGGCACCCAGAAGGUGCCCCUCACUGCCGGCGUCAAGGACAAGAUCCUGGCCGUCACCCGCAUGUAUGGCAGCGGCCGCGACACCCUGCGCUGCCUGGCCCUGGCCACCCGUGAUGCACCCCCUGCUCCCUCCCAGAUGGACCUGCAGGACCCCAGCAAGUUCCACUCCUAUGAGGUGGACAUGACCUUUGUGGGCGUGGUGGGCAUGCUGGAUCCCCCCAGGAAGGAGGUGCGGGAGUCCAUCCGGCGGUGCCGAGCAGCUGGCAUCCGUGUCAUCGUGGUGACAGGCGACAACAAGGCCACGGCAGAGGCCAUCUGCCGCCGCAUCGGCAUCUUUGGGGACAAUGAGGACACCACCGGCCUGUCCUACUCCGGCCGGGAGUUUGAUGAGCUGAGCCCGGCAGAGCAGCGGUCCGCCUGCAUGCGCGCCCGCCUCUUCUCCCGUGUGGAGCCCUUCCACAAGUCUAAGAUUGUUGAGUACCUGCAGGCAGAGAACGAGAUCUCUGCCAUGACUGGCGACGGUGUGAAUGACGCGCCAGCCCUGAAGAAGGCAGAGAUCGGCAUUGCCAUGGGGUCGGGCACAGCUGUGGCCAAGUCUGCCUCUGAGAUGGUGCUGGCUGACGACAACUUCUCGUCCAUUGUGGCGGCUGUGGAGGAGGGCCGCGCCAUCUACAACAACAUGAAGCAGUUCAUCCGUUACCUCAUCUCCUCAAACAUCGGCGAGGUGGUGUCCAUCUUCCUGACGGCCGCCCUGGGCCUGCCCGAGGCCCUCAUCCCUGUGCAGCUGCUGUGGGUCAACCUGGUGACGGACGGCCUGCCCGCCACCGCCCUGGGCUUCAACCCUCCUGAUGUGGACAUCAUGCUGCACAAGCCUCGCAAGGGAGAUGAGUCCCUCAUCUCUGGCUGGCUGUUCUUCCGCUACAUGGCUAUCGGUUUCUAUGUGGGCCUGGCCACAGUGUUUGCUGCCUCCUGGUGGUUCAUGUACGACCCCACCGGCCCCCAGCUCAACUACUACCAGCUGUCUCACCACCUGUCCUGCCCCACUGACCCCCACAACUUCAAGGGCCUGGACUGUUCUGUGUUCAGCCACCCAGCCCCCAUGACCAUGGCCCUGUCUGUCCUCGUCACCAUUGAAAUGCUCAACGCUCUCAACAGCCUGUCAGAGAACCAGUCCCUGUUGGUGAUGCCGCCGUGGUACAACGGGUGGCUGCUGGCUGCCAUGACUCUCUCAAUGGUGUUGCACUUCUUCAUCCUCUACUUCAAUAUUCUGGCGGUGGUGUUCCAAGUGCAGCCUCUGUCAGUGGGUCAGUGGGCAGCCGUUCUCAAGAUCUCCUUCCCCGUCAUUCUGCUGGACGAGACAUUCAAGCUGGUGGCCCGUCAGAUCACGCUGGGCCGCAACCCUCUUCUCUCUUGUCACUGGAUUGUGCUGGCCUGGGCUGCCUACCUGGCCUACAUCAAGGUGUAUUUCUUUUAACCCCCGUCGUUUGCUAAUCUCUCGGUUUAGGUGGCUGGGAAGUGUCUCAGUGGCAUUUUUUUGGAUUUAGGGAUUGCCCACGUGGGUUAUUUUAUAUGUAGUGGCCCUGGCAUGGUCCUGCGUGGCCACUCUAGAGUCUGGGAGGGAGGGAAGGGUAGGGCAGUGGUGGGGUGGAUGUGGUAGGUGUGUGUGGCCAGACAGUGCAGCCAUGGGUGUACUGGGCCGUCUGGUGGCACCCCCUGGCCGUGGCACUGCUCGUCGUCACGGCCAGUGUCGUGGUUAGUCAUGGUUGGUUUCUCAGCCAUCGUGCAGUGUGACGCCGGCCACUGAGGCUGCAGGAGUGAUGGAUGUAACUGCCCUUUGUGUGUGUACGUGUGUGUGUGUGUGUGUGUGUGUGUGUACGCAAGGUACAGGGCAGGUACCGGGUAGGUAGAUGGCAGGACAAUAUACAUAGCCCAAUAUACAUACAGUCAUACAUAGGUGUGUUGUGAUGUUAGCCAUGUGUUCCCUCGUCCACCCCACUUGCGUAUUAUUCCCAUACGAUACUGAUGACACGACCAAGGGGUGGACAGCCAAGUAUUACCGACACUAGGGACAAACCUGUAUAGAUGUGUACUGCUGGGGAAAACUCUGACAGGGUAUAAGAAACACAAAGAAAAUUGAAAAACUGUUGAACUAUUUUGACAAAACACACACACCCACAUAUACACACAGUUUUGCAUCUCCAUCACUCAGGCUUAUACCAGGGUGGAGUUUUGUCAGCAGUAGGCAGGGCAGAGACUCUACAGGACCCUGGAUGAAUAGGCCAUUUGGUAGCAUAAUAGACCCAAACCAUGGAAGAUUUAGUAGAAAUAGGACUCAUUUCCCUAGUUGUGGUUUGUCUGUAUCUCUCAAAGACCAGAUUAACACCAUAACAGCAAGUAUAUAGACUAGUAGAGGCUUGUCUGUACCUUUCAAAAACCAGAUUGACACAAAAACAGGUGUAGGUGCCGAGAAGCGAGCUGUGCAGUGCGGCUGUGUAGUGGUGGUGUGCUGGUGUUUGCGGAAGUGGUGUCUGCUAGUGGGUUUCUUUCGGGUCAGCGUUUUGGUUUGUGCGAAUUUUGAAUAUUAGGUGAAGUGAGGAAGGUAGUGGAGGUAGUGUGGGUUUUGGUAUACUACUACUACUACUACUACUACUACUACUACUACUACUACUACUACUACUACUACUAUACACCCCACUAAGACCAAAAAGAACUGAAGAUAUGAUAAGUGGAGGUAGUGAUAUGGAAUUUUUUAUACUACUACUACUACUACUACUUUCAACCACACUGCAAUACAUCACUUCCGAGCGGCACCGUACAUACACGCAUACAGAAACUAGAGGAAAUGAGCUUUAGAUAGAAAAUAAACUAGAACCAUCUCAAUGCACCAAGCCAAUAGGGGUCAGAUUACCUAGAAGUAACCAUUAGAGGGGCCUUUUGUAUAUCAUAACCACCUCAUACCACAUACUACAUACAUUAGUCACAACCUCGGGAUCUGUAAGAGUUUGGCGUGUUAUGAGUUAGUGUGUGGCGUUUCCCUGGUGUGUACAUCUUAACCAGUGUGUUUGUGUUGCUGGUGUUGGGUUAGGGGACAUGGCGCCAAUCCCUGACUCAAGGAAAACAAUGAAAGAAGAAGUGUUGGGGAUGUUUUGUGAGAAUGUAAGGCCUGGUUUGUUUCCCAGCGCCAUGUACACAGUUGCAGUACAUUCAUAGGGUGAUUGCAGGGGUGAUUGCAGGGUGAUUCCAGCUUAUUUUUCACCAUUACUGACAAGAAAAGUACAUAAUUUUACCUUGUUGCUUCUGAGGUCCUUGUUAACUGACUCAAUAUAGUGUGGACCUUAACAACUGAAAAGAAAAGAAGGAAUAGGGUUUAGGGACAUUGGGUGUGGAAAGCCCUGGGUUGGAGUGAUUGUGAAGUUGUUAUAGAUCUUAGGAAACACAGUGAAGACCAGGGGUAGGGAAGAUAAGGGUUCAGGGGCAGGGAGUGAGAGAAAUCAUUGGGUUAGGUGACUUUAAACUUUCAACACACCAAAAUUGUGCCAGGGAAAUGUCAGUAGGGAGAAAUAGGUUCAGGGGCAGGGAGUGAGAGAAAAUUUGGUUAGAUUAUUAACUUCGUAUACCUAAAUCUUGUCAGGGAAAGGCCAGGGGUAGGGAGAAAUAAAGUUUAGGGACAGAGGAACUGGAGAUGAAUAAAUACUGAUAACCUCUAUAAAUCCAGUGUUAAGUAGUUGAUAAUAAAGUGAAGAACUAAACAUCAAUGAAAGGCCAAGUGUUUAAGUUUAUACAGACCUUAAUCUCAUCAGGGAAGGGCCAGGAUUAAUCAGGGAAGGUUAGGAUAGAGCGACAUGAGGGCCAAGGGGUGUGACGCUCUCCCCAGCAGUGUAAGACAGCUGCAUUCACACCAGGGGCCAUCUGACCUUUGCAUGGGGUAGUGUAAGUGCAUGUGACAAGGGUGUGUGCUUGAAAUGUUUUGGUAUCUCGUCACAAUGUCUUUUAACAGGCUGUGGUGGUUUUCAAGGGUGUUUUCAUGGUUCUGUUAGCCAGCUUAUCAAGGGUUCUGUCAUUCUGAAAGCCUGUAGUAGAAGUUAUUAGGGUUUUCAAAGGUGUUUUCAUGGUUCUAUUAGCUAUUUAUCAAGGAGUCUACAUUUCUUAUGGGCUGUAUUUGAAGUUAUUGGGGUUUUUAAGGGUGUUUUGCCGGUAUCUAACAAGGAUUUUCACUUUCUAGAGGCUGUACUUCAAAUUGAGGGGGUUUUCAAGGGCUCUUAAUAUUGAUUCUGCAGUUUUGACAGGCUCCAGUGGAAGUUGUUGGGAUUUUGCGGAGUCUAACAAGGAAUGUACACUUUUUAUUGGCUAUAGUUGGAAGUUGUCAGGGUUUUCAAGGGUGUUUUCAUGGUUCUAGUGGCAACUCAAUAAGGAUUCUGCAAUUUUUAAAGCUUGUAGUAGAAGUUAUUGGGGUUCUUCAAGAUUUUUCUAAUAAAUUAACAAGAAUCCUUGGUGCAAUAAUAUUAGCAUUUUCAAAUAUUUUCAUGAUUGUCAUACUAGUUUAACAUGGAUUCUGCACUUUCAAAUAAGCUGUAGUGGAAAUCUAUUAAGCUUUUUAGUAGUGUGAUGUUGACAAAACUCCACAUGGAAGUUAUUAAGGUUUUCAGGAUUCUAGUGACAGUUUAACCCGGUCAGCACCAAGUACACUAAAAUCACAAAUCAUUAAUCUGGAAAGGAGUAAACAGGGAUGUAAUGGUAGUUAAUGAGUAGCUAGAGGAUACUUUUAAUGCCUUCAGUACAACAAAAAUCAUCUUAAUACAGUUUUAUAAUGUUAUCCAAAGUCAGAAUGAGCUAAUGUGAUACUCAAAGGAGAGAAGCACCCUCGAGAACCAGACCAGUCAUCCUGCGGCCUUGGGGAACAGUUGUGGUGAGAGAGUAAGGCAUUUCAGAGCACAGACCUUGAGUGAUGGAGGAUUCCUGUCUGUCUAGCACUUUGUCACAGCCGGCAGUGUUGAGGGAGGGAUGGUGAUGGCGUCUUGUGUUUCCUCACCACCCCUGCCACCCCAUCACUGGCCGGUAACACUGUCUCUCUGUUAUGCAUUGUUAGGACACCAUCGUACACCUCGUUGCCUUGUCAAGCCUCAUCUAUGUAUACUGUAUUCUGCAACACUUCUGCACUGCACCUUCAUUAAUUUCCAAAGACUCUAGUUGAACCCACACGGAGUUUUGAAGGGUGUCUUUACGGUUCUGGUGACAGGUUAGCAAGAUUCAUACAUUUAAGUGUGUGGAUGAGGCUUGGCUGGCAUAAUAUUUCUCACCCCUCAGGUCCUCCUCUUGUGCCAGCCUAGAGUUUCUUAGCUUUUCAGUAGAUACAGUGUCUUGAAGUGUGUAGCAGUAAUCGGUAAUUCAUGUGAGGACAGGAACAUGGUGACACUGCUAUACUGAUGCCUUCACUCAUGCAAUGGUUGGUCUGUGUGUUCCUGCUUUGUGUUGAAAUGUGCUGCAAUGUAUUCCUGCCAAGAACAUUUAUUUAACUAAGACACCUGAUUGUUUUCAUUUGGGCAAUCUGGUACCUUUAAGUAAUUAAUGUCUUGGUGGAAAUACAAUGUUAGUUUGCUGCACAUUUCAUAAGACAGGAGGGAGUGUGUAGACCAGGCAGUGAAUGAGUGAGUUAGUGUGUCAGUUUAGCAGUGUCACUAUGUCCCUUGUCCUCACCUGCCUCAAUUACUGCCACACAUUUCACCACACACGUCUGCUGCUAACACCGAUAUCUCAUUUGCUACCGUGAUGCAUCUUUUUUGAAUCUCCGCCACAAUCACCACCACCACUAUUCCAGUCACUCAUCCACCCACACGCUCAUCCACAUUCCUUCAGCAGUCAUACAAGAUUUGUCCUACACUCUUUUGCUAGGUCUCUGCACUUCAUUAUCAUUGUGUGUUUUGUUCUGUCUUGACUUAUGUGUUAAAGAUCUUUAUCAUCUCAGGUCACAGGUUUAGUUGAGAGGUCUGGGUGUGUGACUGGCUGUGAGAGUGAUGUUAGUGGUGUGAAGGCUUUGGAUGUAGGGAAAUGAGAGAAGUGGUGUGAUGGUGUUAGUGAUGAUGUGAAGGCUUUAUAUGUAGGGGAAUGAGAGGUGAUGUGAUAGUGGUUUUAGUGGUGAUGUAAAGAGUUAGCAGGUAGAUUAUGAAUGGUGCAAGCAGGAAAAUAAGAGUGGUGAUUUGUGUGUGCCUGUAAUGUUGUUGUUUUUUAUAGUGAUUAGUGACAAUCUGGGUAUGGCGAGAGGAUAAUGCCUUGUUUUGCUGGUGCAGUGAGGGAAAAGUGUAGCGUAUUUGACUUGGCAACGUGCAAGAUGUGACUGUAAGAUGAAAAUUGUUAGUCUGAUUAUGCAAUGAAUGGUUUUGCUCUGGUUAUUUAAUUUAUUUACUUAGCAGUGUGGACGACUCUUUACAGUAAAGACGACUCUUUACAGUAAAAAGAUUUAGUGGCUAUUCAGUUAUAUAAGGGGUAUGAAAAGAAGAUUAGUUGUUAUUUUAAUAUGCCAGCAAUGUGGAGAGUAGAUGCUGUGUAAGUAACUUUUUUUUUUAAGUUAUAUGUGAUGUGAUGAAUUAUGAAAGAUUUGUGGGAAAGUGUUUUUUUGUUGGCAUGUUGAAAAGUAGAUAUUGUGUAUAGUAAGAAAUGUGAAGAAAAAAAAGUCUUCAAGGCAAUGGGAUGGAAGAAAUGUAAAAGUGUAAGUAAAGUAUAUAGAAGAUAGUGAAACAUGAAAAGUCCAACAGCUGAUGAGUUAUAGAGAAUGUGGAAGAUUGUCAGUUUGUAAAGAAAGGUUUAGUAACUAUUUAAUGUAGGGAAUAUUUAAGAAAAAUUUUGUUUGCUUUUUCUUUGUGUAGGGAAUAUGAAGAACUUGUCACAUUGUGUAAAAAAAAAAAAAAAAAAAGGCUCUAACUGUUGAAUCAUCAUGCUGGAAAUAGUUAAGUCUUUGUGAAUAUUUUGAAAGUGUAUUGAGUUUGUUGCAACAGAGAAUUGUGAAAGACUAUCAUGUUACACUUUUAUUGAUGGUAAACUGUAUCAUGUGUUUAUUGAUGGCUAUUAAUGAUCGAAGUCACCAAAGUUAAUCUUCAAACUGACAUCUUUGCUGAAACUUAUGUAUACUACUUAAUUUGGCAAGGCAGAGAACACAGUACAAGUUUCGAAUGCAUUAAUUUACAGUUCAUACAAUCAAGAGGGUUCAGAAUAUAUGGGUUACAGGAUCUUGGAGAUUACACAGAGAUUCAAAUACACCUGUGGGGAAUUCAUUACAGGUAUAAGGAGAUUGAAAACUUGUGUGUAAAGGAUUCAGGACUGGUAUAAAGGAUAAUGAGCAGAGAUUCAAAUACACCUGUGGGGAAUUCAUUACAGGUAUAAGGAGAUUGAAAACUUGUGUGUAAAGGAUUCAGGACUGGUAUAAAGGAUAAUGAGCUUGUAAAUAACAGAUCUAAACUCUAGGAAUAAUGAUCUUGGAAUCUGUGUAAAGGAUUGAUAGGAUUGACAAUGUAUACAUGUUUUGAAUCUCUUAUUCAUUCAGGAUUACUUUGAUUCAAGACUGUUUAAGAGAAUCUGUAUAUUUAUAAGAAAUUCUGAACUAGUGUAUAUCCUCAAGUCUUUACAUAUACAUUCCAAGCCCUGUAUUUAUAGGUUCAGGAUUCCUUCCUUAUAAGAGGUUAAGAGCUUGUCAAAGAGAAAUGUAAUGUUUUAUCAAGGGAUUCUGAAUCUAAAAUAAUGGAUUCUGAACUUGCAUGUAUUCUCAAUCCUUUACAGAAGUCCUGAAUCACUUCUUUAUAGCUUCAGAAUUCCUUAUAAGAGAGAUUUCAGCGUCAGAUAAAAAUGUAAUGCUUAUGAAGGAAUUACGAGUCUCAAAUGAUGGAUUCUGAACUUGCAUGUAUUUUUAAUUUUACAUACAAGCUCAAAAUCUCUUGAACCUGGAUUCCUUAUAAGACAACUGAGGACGUGUCAAGGAGGAUCUGCAAGUUUUUAAUAAUUCUGGUCCUCUAUCUCCAGCCCCCUGUUUGUAAAGAAUUCAGAGCCUACAUAUCCAAGAGGCCCCAUUGUAACACUCUAAGGCAAAAGGUACAUGAAUGGUGUGUCAUGUUUUGUUAUGCAAGUCAAGAGUCAUGUCAAACAGUCACUAAGCCAUAAGGUCACAUUCCUGUCACAAGGGAUCUUUUCGUCUCACCUCACUGUAUUUUGACCUGUUGGGGACCUCAGGAUCACAUCUUGACCUGUAAGAGCUUGUCUACUUGUCAUUCUAAAGUCAUUGCUAUGAGUACAGAGAUUGCUGCAAAGUUCUUUCCACUAGUUGUUUUGAAGUUCUAGGUUGAAAAUACUUGGGUUUCUUCAAGUUUCUAAUGUCAGUCAUCUGUUGUGCUGAUUCUGAAGUCCCUGGUUAAAAGAGGGCACAAGUUUAUUUCAAAUUUCUCCUUUGCACCAUUUCUUCUGAAGUUCUCAGUUGAAAGUACAGAGUUUUCUUCAAAGUUCCCCCUUCUGGUGGUCAUUGUGUGUGUGCUAAUCCUCAGCUGAGUUGCUUGUGAUUUUGGAUUUUGAAGUCCCCAAUUGGAAGAUUACACAGGUUUCCUAAAAACUGAAAACUGUCACCUUCUGUUUAUCAUUGUGUGCUUGUGGUCCUGAAGUCCUGAAGAUUAUCCAAGUUGCUUCAAAAUUCAUCUUCCUGUCAGUGUUUGCCACUCUAAACAUUACUUCUCCAUUAUGUCAUCCUGCACUGAAAGAAAAUCGUCUGAACAUUCCUCUUCCUUCUGCCACAUCCAUCAUUCCUCAAGAUUAUGGAACUUGUUUGAAGAUUCAGCUCUGCCCCAGCACAUUCCAUCUCCACCAUUCCUUCGUUUGGACCAACUCUGCAUCUUGUACCUGUCAGUCAUCAAGUAUGUUAGCCACAACACAAUUAUCUUAGCCACAUCAUCACAGCAUCUUUCCUAGCUUCCCUCUGCUAAUGUCUGUCAAGCAUUACCUCACCUAACCCACUGUUACGAGCAUCCCUCAGCACCUCACAUGCCAACCUGCCCCUCUCACUCAGUAUUUAUGGUGUUAAGUAGCUCAGUACAUCAGGACAUAACAUGAUAACUGCUGGCCGCGCUGAUGGUAAUUCCAGUCUGUAACAUUAACGGCAGUCAAUAUAGUUAUUACCUUGUCUAUCACCAUUGUCUGCAGCUAUACCAGUCUGUUACACUGUUCUUUGUCAUUAUUCUACAGUCUAACACCAACUACAGUCUACCUAGUUAUUCCAUUAUCAAACACCAACCAGAGUCUGUACAGUCAUCCCAGUCUCUCCUAACACCACCUACAUACACUCACACACUCACUCACUCACCCCCAUCAUCCCUCAAGCAAAGGUCGCAGUUGGCCGGGUGUCGUUGUCUGGCUGCAUCAACAAACUCUACACUCCAUACAUCAGUCAGUGGUGUCAGGCUAGGGAACACCAAAUCCCAAGGGCUCUUGUCUUGGUGUGGCAGUGGUGGUGAUGUGUGCUGCAGUGUGUCUUGUGUCCUGUGAGUGUUUCACGACUUUCAUAACCAAGAAUACAAGAAAGUAAGGGCAGCUGCAGGAAGCCAUCAGUCCUACACAUGGCACUCCCUGUUUGAAACCCAACUGUAGUGUAAUAUUUGAGUUCUGCAACAAGAUUGGUACUGUAUGCUGAUCGCCACUCUUUGUCCCUUCUGUCUUAAGUCUUCUACUCUGACAGCCUAAUAACACCAGGCAUUUGAAUGCUACUCGUAUUUAAAGCAGAUUAGGGACUUGAGACUGACAGCAAACAAAGAGUGUAGUGAGUGCAUUACCAUGACAUUCCUAACAGACAAGCUGCUCUGUGUGGGACAACUCCGCAGUGUUAAACCAGCGUGUGUGGGAAUUCUGGGCUCCUCCUCCUAAUGCUCCUUGGAAAGUAAUGUUACUAAUGAACAACUUCGGAGCAACACACACACACACACACAAACAUAGGGAAACUAAACUGAUUAUAUAAUUUUUUAGAACAGUGAAGGUUCUAUUUAAACAGACAAGUGUGUGCAGAAUUCAGGCUUACCAGUCAAGUCUUGGGAGUCCACGUGUAGCAAAACGGCACACUAAACCUUCCAGAAAUGUGUUGUGUCGGCUUCCAACAGACUGCAGCACACACCACAGCUCACCAUCACCACCACCACCACUGCUGCUGUUAGUAAUCUUGUGGUGGUAACUUGCCCAAAGCACAAAGGAGAAUGUUGAGUGUCUGGGACCUGUCACGUGCCCAGACGAGAGAUGAAGUCAGCAGUUUAGUGGUAGUAUCAGCGUUUGGUAGUGUUUCUCUUUUAUAUAUAUAGUAUACAUAAAUAUAUCUACUCUGUGUAAUAUAUAACAUACAUGUAAUUAAUAUUUCCUCUUAGGGUGCUGAGUUGAGGCGCAUUUCAGGUGCGGAGUCGCCGCCAGCCAAGGUCUCUCGGUUGUCCAUUUAUGUAAAAAGGUGUACCAAAUUAUGCACAGUCUAGGUAGUGUAAGGCGCCGGCCUGGCGGGGAGGUGGGGUGUGUCAAGGCUGUCGUGGCGUGUUGUCUUGUGUUGUCAUCUGGCAUCUGUCAGGGAGUGAAAGUAUUAGAUGAUUUGUGCAUUACCAAGAAUGCUAACACAACUUGCAGUACCAUCAUGAUGAAAUAUAUGGCUUGUACAUUUGUCUUGUUGCACUGUGUCUUCAUCUGGUGUCUGUCAAGGAGUGGAAGUGUUCAAUGUUUUGUGCAUCACUAAGGACACUAACAUAACUUACAUUACCAUCAAGAAAACUAAAAUAUCUAGUUUAUGCAUUUGUCAUGUUGUCAUGUAGUGCCUGUUAGAAGGUUUUGUGCAUCACCAAGGACACAAACACAACUUGCAAUACCAUGAAGAAAACUAAAAAUAAAUAGUUCGUGCAUUCAAAAUAUUAUACAGUUCAUGCAUUUUCAUCAUCAAGGAAGUGAAAACAUUGUACAGUUUAUGUAUCACCAAGACAAACAAAAAUAAUCAACAUUUAGUGUUGAAGUCAAUAUUUGUCACCAGGGCCUACUAUAAAAUCAACACUCACAUUUUUGUCCAUCAGUCAAGGAAGCUGAAAUGUUUGUUAGUCCAGGAAGCUGAAAACAUUGUGUAUCUCUGUCAGGAACACUGGAACCUUCUACAUUUGGUGCAUCAGUUCAUUCCUGUCUUUGGAACUUCACAAAUUCACUCUUACAUAAUAAUUAAAGAAUCUUAAAACCUUCAGCUUUUUGUCAAUAUAUCUGUCAAGAACCUACAUUACUCAACCUUUUCCUCAACUUUGUCAAAAAUAUUGAGAACUUUGUUUUCUGUCUACAUAUCAAUCAAGAAAAUGAAAUGCUGUACCUCAGACAACAAAUCAGUUUCCUCCUUUAUCUCUGCAUCAAGGAAAUUUAAUAUACUGUACCUUAAAGACAACACAAAUCAGUAUCUUCCACCCAUAACCUUGCGAGUCUUGCCUUGCAUCACCACUAAGACCUGCUGGAGACGUGACCCACCAUUACACUGACAGUUGAGCCUUGUGUCACUAAGGCUCAAGAGACACGACACUGACACUAACAGGACAAUAACAGUGACAGUACCUUGGCAGUUCCCCGCUUCCCCACCGCUGGCACUGAGGCGUUCAUUCGUAGUGGUAAAUGUUUUUCAUUCUCGUAGUUAGUGUAUCAUAGCUGUAGGUUCCUUCCCAGUCCAGAUUUCAAGAGGUGGGGCUUUGGGGUCCUCUCACACACAGGCCAGCAUCUCUCAAGUGUUAAGAUGUGAUGCACAGAGAUGGGGUGUUCGCAGCCACCGAGCUAUGUCGUGCCAUGCCCUGCCAAGCUAACUGUAGUGUGUGUCAGCCUGAAAAGUGAGUCACUUGUCAGAAUGUGUUUGUUUGCCAUCAUGUGCAGCUGCCCUGAGGAGUGGUGUUGCUGUGUUAAGUGAAGUGUGGGACAAGGAGUGAUGUAAAUUUUUAUGUGAACUUUGAGUCUGUGAAUUCCAUGGAAGGUUAAUAUACAGACUUCCAAGAAUGAUGUUACAAUAUUUAGUGAGUUUCAAGUCUGCGAAUUCAAUACAAGUUAAUAUACAGACUAACUUUUAUAUUGAGAAGCAAGUGACUUUCAGACCUGUGAAUUGACCAGAAGUGGACUUUAACUUCUGUAUUAAUAACUUCAUGUAACCAAGAACCAGGAGGCGCAAAUCUCCAGUAGCUUAUUAUUACUACUACUACUACUAUAGAGUUUUUUACUACUUCUAUAGUGUUUUUAUUACUACUAUCUAUAUACCAGGCCAGCAAUCAUACACACACACACACACACACACACACACACACACACACACACACACACACACACACACACACACACACACACACAAAGAAAAACUACCACUGCUACUAGAAAACCACCCCAUUAAGAGCUACACACACCAAGAAUGGUAGUAGUAGUAGUAGUAGUAGUAGUAGUAGUAGUAGUAAUGAAAUACCAAGUGAUGUCAGCAAGCCUCCAUCAGCAGACAUCACUCCCUGGGCAAGCUGUACACCUCUUCCUCCCUGCGUUGUGCUGUUGUCAGGGCCUCCGAGUGCUACAUGUGGCAGUGGCUUGGCAGGCGUGGUGGUAGUGGUGGUUCUGCAACGUAUUCUGUUAAGAGAUUGGUGUUGUAACUUCAUCACGAGAGAUUGGUGUUGUAACGUCACCAUCACCACAUCACCAAUGCAAAAGUUCUGAUGUGUUUACAAUAACAUUCCUCACCUCCUCCUCCUCCUCCUCCUCCUCCUUGUCCUCCAUCACUCCUCCUGUUGUUUAUUUUUUUGUUAACUAAAGUAAGACUACAACCUAA